GAUGAGAGAAAAGGAAAAAGACGCUGCUUACAAAAGAGAACAAGCAGCCAAAAAGGCAGAUCACGAAAAACAACUUCAAGAACGAGAGCAGGCCGCCCAAAUAAAACAACAAGAAGAAGAGGCAGCCUACCGACGACACAUGGAAAAACAACAGAAAGAAAGUGAAGAGAGGGACAAACAGAGAAAGCAUGAACUGGAGAUGGCACAGGUUAGGCAAAAUAUUCCAACCACUCCUAACCCUCUGACGCCAGUUGUUGUUCCACCGCACCGGAAAUUUCCCAACUACAAAGCAGGUAAAGAAUACUGGUUUGAAUGCAAUACUGGGAAUGCAGUACUUGAAAUGCUCACAGAUAAGGACAGCCCCAUUCUUUUUCAGCAUUGGCACAACAAAGGUGUUUCAUUUGCUCCAGUUAACCUGUAUACCUGGAUGAGGAUCAUCACAUCCUCAAUGCCAAUUGUUGCAUCCUUGCUUUCAGUACAACUGAAAUGAAUAUGGGAAACCACACUGGCAAAGUUGGCAUUCCACAUAACCGUGUUUAUUAACUACGUAAAACCAAAAGACCUAGGUACCUAUGUUCACUGCUGCUCUGAGGGUUCUAAUGGCUUUUGCAAUUGAAGAUGGAGGGCUACUAGAGAGCUCCCAAACUAUUUACAAUACAGUAACCAGUUCCUUCCUAUAUAUUACAGUAUAUAUCAAUAUCAGAUCCGGAUUUCCCCUUUAACCUUGAAGGACUUUGGCAAUGUUUGGAAUACACUGAACAUGA